UAUUUCUUACCAUUUAGGGAUUGGCAGUAACAGUGCUAUGGAGGCGGAUGAUGAGCCAAUAAAGGAGUUCUCCGGAAAUAUCUCUUCGCUGGAUGAACAAAUGGAGAAGAUGAAUGACAAAAAUUCUGAUCAAGAAGAUCAACUAUUAAAGCUUCGCAAUAGAAUAAAGACCUUGGAGAUGAUAUUGGAAUACAAUACUACCAAACUACAGGAGAAAGUCUCCUCUCAGGAAAACAUUAUUACAAAUCUUACUAGGCACCUGGAGUCUACUCAAGAUCAACUUGUUAGACAUGCUGCUGCUCUAGAGAAUUUGAACUCCUCUACAACAACAAUUAUCAUGGAGUUUAAACAAGUAUGGAUAGCGGUUAAUACUACGAAACAAGAAAGAGAUAACCUAACCAAGAAGGUCGAUCAGGAGUUUGAAAAUAUUCGACAGGAUGUAAGGCAGACAAAGGGAAGUUUGUUGAAUGAAACGAACUCAUCUUUGAACGAUUUUGAAAAUAAGGUCAACAGUGAAAUAAGAGUUGUUUCACUAAAGCUGAAUGAAAAAAUUGCUCAUGGUGACUACUUAUCGUCUUCAUUGGAAUCACUAAGGAAAAAUGUGACAAACAGAGUUGGAAAACUUAAACUUAGAGUUAAAAUGGAGCAAGAAAAAUCUUGCAACACAACAAAAAUUACGGAACACCAAUCCAAGUUGAUCCAGCAUUUGACGAAUUCGCUGAAUGGCACCCGGGAAGAUAUGAAAAAUGUGUCCCGAGAACAUUUCACGGCUUUGGAGCAGGUUAAAAACUCUACAGUUGGAGAACUUCAAAGAGUUCGGAUGUUAGUGAACUCAACGCAGACGGUUCUCUUGGUGCAGUUGAAGAGAGUGCAUGAAAACAUGACUAAAAAGGUUGCAAAAGAAACUGAGAAACUUGAGGCCAGAAUACAAAUCGAGGAAAACAAAUCAAAUAAUACAAAGCAGAUCACAGACGAGGACCUCAAGAAGAUUCGACAAAUCGAGAGCUUGCUUAACGUUACCCGUGAGAACGUGAGGGAAGAGUUAAAAAACCAUUUUACCGCGCUAUGGUUGGCAGGAAACUCUACCAAAAUGGAUCUUCAAAGUGUACGUAUGGUUUUGAACGUAACACGAGAUACCAUCGUUGGACAGCUAAAGAAAGUACAAGACAACUUGACUGAACAGGUCAAGAACGUUAGCAAGAUGCCGGGUCCUAUCGGACCUCCUGGCUUCAACGGAAGUCAAGGACCUGUUGGUCCCCAGGGAGCCGUGGGUCCUGCUGGUCCUAAGGGAUCAGGAGACUUCAGUCAAUGUCAGUUUAAAACAGAAACUGGAACUAUGACUCCUGGUAGCAAUAGAAUACUUGUACAUUUUGAUGAACCAGCAAAUAAAAAAAUAAUAGCAGUAACAUGCUCAACGGAUUACAACAGUGAGUAUAAUCUUAUAUCGAGGAAGCAAGCAAGUGGCGUCCGGAGAUACGUUUGCACCUGUGAUGGAAAAUCCACAUUCUUCAAAAGAGGAACUAGUUGCUACCUGAACUAUUGGAUUUGCCCCUUAUCAACAUAAUCACCUACUUAUUUCAGAACGACAGAAUUGUAUGCAUAUGUACUUGUAUAUAAGUAGUAUAUUUAAAUCAACUCAGCCUCACUUUGUACAGUGGCGUGGAGAGACCGCAAAGCAGACAGAAAAAUAAGAAUCUUUUAAAAAUCUGAGAGGUGCCUUAUCUGGUAUGGAAUUUAGUGGUCGAUAUCUUGGAAUGCCGAAUGAUGUGGAUGUGUUUAAUUUUUGCGUCAUUCGCAAGCAGUUGGUCCAAAUGAGAUUAAUUUAACAGGUAACGCUAAAAAAAGAGAAGGUUUGAACAAAUAGACGUUCGUUUAUUUAGCAAAAUAUGAUUAGCAAAAACUCAAAGCGUGAUCGAAAAUUUGCAGUUGGUAGUCUCGAAAUGUAAAUAUUCUCUACACUCUUAUAGUUUCGGAAUACCGCAACAAUGCAAACAAAAUAGAACAAACACCGCAUCACCCCGAGAAAUGUUAUCAACACACCGACACCACGAUGUAAAAAAAGUCUUAGAAUUUACCUGGUAUGAUAUGCCGGGUUAAGGUGGUUUGGGUUAGGUGGAAAAUGAGGAGUGUGGAAAGUGAGGAGUGCGGAGUGUGGAAGAUGUGGAGUGUGGAAAAUGCAGAUUGUGGAAAAUGAGGAGUGUGGAAAAUGCCGAGUGUGGAAAAUGCGGAGUGUGGAAAAUGCGGAGUGUGGGUAAGGAGUAGGUUUUAACGAUAUGAACAACAAUAACAAGCACUCCAUUUCCUUUAAGGCGAUGCAUCAUUGCGUAUUCACUACUAAACCGUACAUUACUUUUUCAAGCUUAAAAGAACGCAAAAAGGUAAACAAUAGAAUCAAACAAUCAAACGAGUGAAACAUUCAGUCAAUAACAACAAGCAGUCCAGUCCAUGCUCUUUAAAAAAGCGAUGGAUCAUUGCAGUUUAUUUUGUAGCUAUGUAAAGAGCACCGUAUAAAAUGGGUAAUAAAAAAAUCAACGCGUGAAACACGUGGACAGUGUGGACCACGUGGAGAUCAUUGCAAACUUGUAUUCAUCUGUGAAUAUGCAAAUUCGAUUGAAUCUACCCAUGGCUUACAAGUAACGUAUUUCGCAAGAUUUGCACCAUUUAGGUGUUAACGGUAACACCUUUUCGAACGUGACCAAAAAUACUUUCCAGACGCUUUCUGUCAAUUUACAAUAUUCACGGCUAACUAGCCAAAGAAAACAACAUCAGCUCGAGGCUGAUAUUUUGCUUGCAGACAAUAACAGUAUUACCCAAGUAAGACAAUUGUUAUGCAUGUAUAUAUUUUGUCUUUUUAUUUUAUAUAUAUUCUACAUUCCGCAUUUUUCACACUCGAAAAAAGUGAAAAAAUGCUAUGCUUAAGCUACAACAUACUGAGAGUAAUGUUUCACUCGUUUGAUUCUUUUGUUUACCUUUUACCUUUUGUUUUUAACGUUAAAACCGUGAAGCCCCUAAAGCACCUUCUAGCACAGGAUUUUAGUCAUAUCCUGUGGUUAUUCUUGUGGAUGUUUUGUUGUGUUCACCCACAACUUUGUAUUUUGUAGUUUUAUCCUGAUGAAGUCGAAACCGGUCGAUUAAGAAACCCAAUACUACAAGACAAGUUGCUGUGUGCUGCCGAAUAGUUCUCUUAUUAAAUUAUAAAUUUUUCCACACUCCGCAUUUUCCACACUCCUCAUUUUCCACACUCCGCCUAACUAAUUCAAAUUGUUCUUCAACACAAUACCGCAUUGAAAAAGGGUCAACACCGCAACAUCGCAAACCCCAAUGUUUCCCUCAUGUUAAAUAAACGAUAACUGAGAAAGUUUGACAAAAGAUCUCUUUAUUCUAUCCAAGCGUUGAACAUAGAAGCUUGGCCUCUCGGAGAAACAAUUUAAAGCAAAUUACUCGUCUUGUCUCUGUUUAAAACCUACCUUGUUAAUACUUAUAUAGAUUUUCACCCUUUUUUUAAUCUCAUUAUUGCUACUGCUAAGUGGAAGUAUAACUCAGAACCUCUGACAGUUUGGAAUAAAGAAGGAAAAACGCAAGACCGGGAACGGAAAUCAUUGCGUGAGCUUAAACUUAGUUUUGCAUUGAUUUCCUUUCUUGGCGUCGCUUUUCUACAUUUUCGUGAA